AUGGGAGCGUGUUUUUCUGAUGUACGAGGAGGGAAACAAGCAGUAGGAGGGACAUCCCAACAAAAUCCCAACAGUAACAACAAUGCUGCCCUCAAUGAUGCUGUUGAUUUCUUCUUCAGGUCCCAUGGCCAACAGGCUCUUUUUACUCAAGUUGAGUUGUCUUUAUCAGCUUCAAACUUGCUUGAUCGUGACAUCACAUCCAAGAGUGACCCAAUGGUAGUUCUAUAUGCAAAGAAAAGGGAUGGGAAGCUAGAGGAAGUUGGUCGGACAGAAGUCAUUUUGAACAACUUAAAUCCUAUUUGGAUUGAAAAGAUUACAACUGCUUAUCAAUUUGAGAUGGUUCAGCCACUUGUGUUUCAUAUCUAUGAUGUGGAUACCAGCUAUCACAAUAAACCAGUGAAGUCACUGAAGUUGAAGGAUCAACAAUUUUUGGGAGAAGCCAACUGUGUUUUGUCUGAGAUAGUGACAAGACAGAAUCGUACAUUAACUAUUCAACUCCAGAACAGAAAUGGGCGUGGAAUGCUCCGCAAGUUAGGGACACUCACUGUCCAUGCAGAGGAAACAAUUGCUUCAAAAACUGCUGUCGAUAAGCUUCAGAAAUCAGUGGCAGAACUCGAAAGCCUUCACAGAGAAAAAAAUGGUGCUAAUUUCAUCAUUCCGUCUCGCCAUGGUCGUGAGAAGGUGCUGAAAGGUCAGCUGUUUGUGGAUCAAUUUUUGGAGAAGGAACAAUAUAGUUUUCUGGAUUAUAUUUCGAGUGGCUUUGAGCUAAAUUUUAUGGUUGCUGUUGACUUUACUGCUUCAAAUGGGAACCCUCACAAUCCAAAUUCUCUGCACUACAUAGAUCCUUCAGGCCGGUUGAAUUCUUACCAGCAGGCUAUAAUGGAAGUUGGGCAGGUCAUACAAUUUUAUGAUUCUGAUAGGCGUUUUCCUGCUUGGGGAUUUGGAGGAAAGACACCUUCUGGAACAAUAUCUCAUUGUUUUAACUUGAAUGGCAGUGCAAGCUUUGAGGUUGAGGGCGUCGAAGGCAUCAUGGCUGCUUAUGCAACUGCUCUACGCAAUGUUUCUCUUUCUGGACCCACUUUAUUUGGCCAGGAUGGAGUCAUCACAGAUAUGCAAGAAACUAAAGAUGCUUUGGUGAAGGCAUCUGAUCUUCCUCUAUCAAUUCUUAUAGUUGGAGUAGGAGGCGCAGACUUUAAACAAAUGGAGAUCCUUGAUGCUGAUAACGGAUGUCGAUUACAGAGUUCUACUGGUCGGGUGGCUACGCGAGAUAUUGUACAAUUUGUCCCAAUGCGAGAAGUGAACAGUGGACAGAUUUCUGUCGUUCAAGCUCUUUUGGAAGAGCUGCCUGGACAGUUUUUGACCUAUUUCAGGCAUUGGCUCUUAGCCUCUUACCCUGUUACUAGUGAGCAAAACAUGCCUGGCUGCUUGCUUGAUUUGGAGGAUGUAUGGAUUCCAAAUUUUCAUUCCGGAUCUGGUGACAAGGAGGAUCCAUCAUCAACCAGAUAUGAUAAGAAACAAUCUUGA